AUGAAGUGUAGCGCCUUUUCCUCCUUGUUGGUGCUCCUUCCACUUGCCUAUGCGUGGGAGGAGCAAUCGGUCUUGGCUUCUACGACCACACCGUCUCUUAAACUAUACAUACAGACUCCAUCCUCGCUGGUCAGUCACACAGCUCUCGCGACUGCGGUGUCUCAAGUCCUCAACUCCGGACAAGUUCGCGACGUGUUGGCUGCGGAGGCUGACGAGGUUCUGAACGGAAAACCGAGCCAUCGGCUCCUCCAUGUUGACAAUCUGCGUGAGCCCAACGAGAAGUAUGAGCGCAACAGCUUUCGAGCCGUUGUGGCAGAUUACGAGAACGGCAGAACAGUUUACGUGAACGUCGAUGAUGCACUUGGACCUCUAUCAGAGGCGUCGGUCGAGAUAACGAACCAUCAGCCUCUUCCGAACGAGGAAGAACUUCUCGAUGCAGCCUCCAUUGCGGGGUUUGGGCCAAAUGCGACCGUCUUCAGUAGAAUGCCUGUCAUCGUACAUGAAACGAAUCCCGACGGGUCGACGCCUCGAAUCCUUCGCAUCGAGGCUGGCAAUAGCAGCAAGGAGGUACUCCGCUUGUUCGACGUCAAUAUGUAUACAAGAACGGCAACUCCAGUCCAGCGCCCACAAGCGCUGCAAAGCUGUCAAGCAGUAUGGGAGAACAAAAGCGUCCAGGGAGUGAAGGGUAAGGUACUUGAGGCAGCAGGGAGGACGGCACACGUGAAAAUUACAGAUUCUGCCAACAAUGCACUUUGGGAGCUCGAUGUGACUAGGCCUAGAUCGUCAUCAGGCAACAUGGGUUCCGGAGUGGACUUGACCGAGGUACGAUAUAAGAACAGGCUGGUGCUGAAGCAAGCACAUUUGCCGAUGCUCAACGUGAACUAUCUGGAAGUAGUUAAAGACUGUGGGCCUACUUUCCGAGACUGGCAGAACGAAGAGUAUCCAUUUGACUGUCCUGGUAAAGACACCUUGCCAGGCUUUCGCGAGUGUACGGGAGGCAGAUCGAAAACGUUCGUCGACGGCAGACCUGAUGCAGAGGGUUUUCGAGGCGUUUCUUUUGAUGUCUACGAUGACAAUGUGGUCAUCAGGUCGCAACUGAAGGCGGACUGGUACCGAUAUGUUUCUCAAUGGACUUUGAGCGCCAAUGGCACGAUUGCGCCGCGGUGGGGGUUUGGCGGCGUGAACCAGGCCGAUCUUCAUUGCGUGUGUGUCAAGCAUCAUCACCACGCGUUUUGGCGACUGGACUUCGACAUUGAAACCUCCAAGAACAACGAGGUGCGCCAAUGCGACGGCAACAAAUGUACCGCGCAGAAGUUCACGGGGCGGAUGGAGAAGGCAGACAACAGAUAUUGGGACAUUGUCAACACCGCCUCAAACCGGGGGUACAGGUUGACGCCUGGCAAGACAGAUCGGAAGGCCAGUGACCCUGAAGAUACUUCUAAGUAUUUCGUGGGCGAUUUGUGGCUUGUCAAGGCGGAUGCUCUGAGAGACGACGGCUGCACUACAAUUCGAGGACAAUGGCCGCCCGAAUCGACUGACUGUACCCAAGCAAACUUCAACGCCAUCAAGAUGAGCCAGGAGGAGUCAUCUGUUCAACAUCAGGAUCAAGUCCUCUGGUACUCUGCAUCCUACAUGCAUUGGCAAGGCCACGAAGAUGCCACAGGAGGAAAUCACUGGGUUGGGCCAUUGUUGGAACCCAUUGGCACCUGGUAA